CCAGCAGAAAGAGGGCGGCUGUGGGGAAGAUGUCGGAGCGGGCGGGAAGCGGGGUGGCGGCCGCAGCUGCCGUCGCAGCGAGUGAGAAGCGGCGGCAGCAACUGCAGCGCUGGAAGGGCUCGUGUACCGAUCUGGAGGCGGGCGAGCCGCGAUGGCGGGCGAGGCCUGGAGCGGGAGCGAGAGCGGGAGCGCCGCGGCGGGUGCGGUUCGAGGCGGCGGCGGAGUUCCUAGCGGCCUGUGCGAGCGGUGACGCGCUGGACGCCGAGGAGAUGCUGGGCGGCGGCGCCGACGUCGACUGCGCCAACACGGACGGCAUCAGCGCCCUGCACCAGGCUUGCAUUGAUGAGAACCUGGAGAUGGUGGAGUUCCUGCUGAGACAGAAUGCCAACGUUGACCAGUCUGAUAACGAGGGCUGGACACCGCUCCACGUGGCCGUUUCUUGCGGCUACUCCGAAAUCGUAGAAUGUUUAAUCAACCAUGCGGCCAGCAUUGCUGCAGUGAACAGCGAUGGCCAGUUGCCAAUUGACCUUGCAGAGGAGAACUACAUGGAGAACCUACUGCAGGCUGAGAUUACUAAGCAGGGGAUCGACGUGGAAUCGGCGAGGCGUGAAGAAGAGGACUUGUUGCUGCAACAUGCCCGGCAGUGGCUAAAUAGCGGCAAGAUUGAAGACAUAUCUCACCCGAAAACUGGUGCCAACGCUCUCCACGUUGCUGCGGCCAAAGGCUACAUAGAAGUGAUGAGGCUGCUCCUCCAGGCUGGCUUCAGUGUGGCUGCACGGGACAAGGAUGGCUGGACACCACUGCAUGCCGCCGCACACUGGGGCAUGGAGGAUUCUUGCAAGCUCCUCGUCGAGCACUUCUGUGACAUGGAAGCCGUUAAUAACUCGGGUCAGACACCGUUUGAUGUUGCAGAUGAAGAUAUUUUGAGUUUACUGGAGGACCUGCAGAAGAAACAGGACGAUCUGAGGACUGAGAAAGAAGAAAAGAUGAAGCGUGCCAUCAUCGAAACAUCCACACAGCCGCAGCAACCGUCAACCAAGCCAAGGAAGAGUUCAGUCUGCCGGAUGAGUAGCAGGGAAAAGAUUUCUGUGCAGGACCUGUCAAAGGAACGCAAAACCUUGGAGACGUUGUCUUUGGAUGAAAGCAAGAAAGAAGAAUCCAGCAGUUCCAGUUCGGAGACUGAAGAUGUUUCCGAUUCUGACUCUGAAUGUGAAACCGCAGAAAAGAAGAGAUCUUCCCUCAACGAUGCCAGCAACGUAAAUGGGACUGAAGUCUUGCCCCGCGUUCCUGCCGUUACUCUGGCACCAUCCGGUCUCAAGUAUUCUGGUCCGUCAGCAAAGCAUUUGGUCAACCAAGAUGCCCCUCCUGCUUGGCAGACAGAACUUCGGAAAACCAGCAGUUUCGUGGCAUUGCAGGAUGCACAGAUCACCUCGGACAAGACGCCACUGACCAGCAUCCGGCGCUCAGCUUCCACUCCACGGUUGGGGGCUCAGUGGAAGGGCAAAGAUGUGGCGGAACCGCGGCUGGCUCGAGUGCCUCCAACACCAAUCGGGCGAUCGCUGAGUGUGCCUGAGACUUGUGCUGAACAGCUAGUGAGCUCUACAUACCAGAAAGUGAAAGACCCAAACUGCCAACAAGGAGAAACCACUACUCCAACUAGCAACGUCGACUUUAAAGAGAGGCGCAAAUUGUACCUCACCCCGGUACGUGACGAGGAGUCGGAAUCGCAGAGGAAGGCUCGCUCGCGACAUGCCCGACAGUCCCGGCGAUCGACACAGGGGGUCACACUGACAGAUCUAAAGGAGGCUGAGAAGACCCUUGGUAUUUCUACUGAGAAGAAAACCCAAGAGCAACUGGAAAGGAGAGAAGAAGUGAAGGAGAACGAGGGCAAGAAGGAAAGGAGUUCAUUGAGUGAGGACAAGGAUGCGGCCAGUCGGCUGAGACCCGUCACCACGGGCGUUGGUAACUCUGGCUCGGCGCUUGCUCCUACACACUCCAGACAUUCUACUCCGACAGUUUCAUUUCAGGACGCCGAUACAGGCGCGGAGUUGGAAAGUGACAGACGGGAAGAGGGAGACGCGGACUACAACAGUCGGAACCGGCUGUCUGUGCGAGACCGGCGGAAAGCCAGGAAAGAGCGCAGGUUUACCGGCAAGGCAGAUUCCACAGAGGAGGAGGAUGGCACGGAGCAGAUGAACAGCUUGGAUACCCCAACACACAGCUCGCUUCCAGCUGACCAGAUGGGUGAUUGGAUUGAGAGCAGAGUCGGGAUUCAUUCCCUGCACAGUACAGGGGCCAGAGCAGACAGUAAUGGGGACUUCAGGAAGAUGUACGAGAUGGUGUUGUCGGAGAAUGUCAGGCUCAAGGAGCAGCUACGAGAUGCACAGUAUUACCUCUCACAGGCCAACCGUGAGCUGGAGAGGGUGAUGAAGAGGCAGCAACGUGGAGACCAGCCUGCACGGCUGGAGCUGGAGAGAUUUGAACGAAGGGCGUUUGAAAGAAGGACAGCUGAACUGGAGGAGAGGCUAAAGAUCUUGACAGACCUGAAGGUGGACAACCAGAGGCUGAAGGAUGAGAACGCCGCACUGAUCCGCGUCAUCAGCCGGCUGUCCAAGUAGACCGGUGGGAAGUAGCGGCGGUGAGAAGGAGGAUGCCAGCCCAGUUACUGCAGCUGACUGCAGGUCUGCUUCAAAGGGCAGUGUGCUCGAUGCCAAGUACUUGUCCACAGCAAAUGUGGGUUACUGUUGGUGGGGGAAUGACAAGCAGAAGGAACAGCGGGGGGUCAGACAAACAGGUGAACAAGAUGUAUGUAAAACAGUGAGAGCUCCACCCUUCUGUCCCCUGUUACUUCAUUUCACACCCACUUUGUGUGUGAUUUCUUUAUCGGACCUACGUACGUCCAGAAAUUAUAUUUGUGGUUUUUUUCUUUUGUAAAUUGUAAUUGUUCCACCAUGUACUGGUCAGCCAGGGUAUGUGGUCCUCUCUCCUUUCAUUACAGGACUGUGGGCAUUUGGAGCUCACCACUGCCCCCACCCCUCCCCCACCACUCCCUCCAAUCCACAAACUUCCCUCGCAAUCUUUAUAUCCUCUUAAACAUUCCUAAGUUGCAAUUCUAUUAACAAUCGCUGUACAGAAUGUAAAAAAAAAAGACGUCUGUGUGCAGACUUUUUAAAGAUAUAAAUGCAGUAUUAAAACUGAGAGGUUACUGUGAAUGUUAACAAUUUCAAUUUUAAACUGGGGACAUUUUCCGAUUUAAGGUUGUUUGGGCCAGAACAGAACGAAAUGUCAAAUCCUAAUAACAUGGUCCUUGUUUAGGAUAGUCUGUCUGUGUGACAUCAGGGGAGAAAAUGUGGAUUGGUUUAGUUCAAGUCCGUUUGCCCUCCAGUUUGAAGGCUCAUUCAGCUCCUUGCUUCUAUUCAAAGAUUGCAGUGGCGUGCGUCUGUAUUGUGAUGUAGAUGUAUGUCCUUGGGACAACGAGUUGGCUCUGAAAACAGCAUGCACUGAUUAACGUGGAAGGUCCACGACUCUGCUCCUUGAAGGUUCUCCCGGCCUCUAGUCUCAGUGGCAGAAACAUCUAUCAUCGUGGUAUUGAGCUAAACCCAGGAGACUUUUCCUUCUGAUACACUUUGAUCGGCUUGGAACCCAAUCAAUACUGGACACCGAGUACUGGUGUAACUCAGCAGGUCGUGCAACAUCUCUGGAGAACAAGGAUAGGUGGCAUUUUGGGUUGCGAUCCUUCAGUCUGAAGAUGGGUCCCAAUCCGACACAUCUCCAGAGAUGCUGCCUGAUCUGCUGAGUUACUCCAGCACUUUGUGUCCUUUAUUGUAAGCCAGCAUCUGCAGUUCCUUGUUUCCACAUCUCAAUGCUCAAUGAUUUUCAGUGCUUGCAAGUAAUGACAAUGACCUGAAUUUUUUAAAAUAUGUCCCUAUUUUACUGAAAUGGUGUUAUCCCCAUAACACAUAUGGGUGUUAUUUCAGCAAGUAAUGAGUUUCGAGUACAAAAGAGAUUGGCAGGAUGCUGACUGAUUCCUUGUUCCAACAGCAGCUUUUUUUGUUUGCUGAUGAGUUUAAAAUCCAAGGCCUGCAAACUUUAGCCAUAAAGUGGUUGUAGAUCAAGGUGCAGGCUAGGUGUGGCCACUGUUGGCUGAACACUUUGAGCCCGCAUUACGUCCUGUGUGCGUGUGAUACAGGCAGCAAACGGGGAAGGUGAUUGGGCAGCAAACAGAAACAUGAGCACUCAUUUGUCCUGAUAUUUGGGGCAAGUUUCCAAAUCACAAAUCCUGCAGAUGCUGGAACUCUGAGCUAAAGAUGAUGAAAAUAUGUGUAGAGAGAGAAUUUCGAGUCCCGACUCCAUAAACCCACCCUGCAAGUGAAUGUCACCUUUCAGUAUCAUUUUUAUUUAAAGAAUUAGCCUGCUGGCACCCAGUGUCUUCUGAUUCUUUGAUUUAAUUUCUGUCCCUAUUGUGAAUUCAGAAGAA